ACGUACUUUUUGGUUAGUUUGCACUCUCCUUCAAUCCCCCUCGUGGUCUGAAAAUUAAUUUCAUUUUUAAUAAUUAAAGUUGUCUAUAUUAAUUACAAACAAACUCAAUAAAUAAAUUAUUUUUCUCGGAAUUUUGAGUUUCUUCAAAAACAAAAGGCAAACAUGUUUCCGGGCUCUGCCCCAAUCGUUGUUCUCAGCGAGAAUACAAAACGAGAUUCUGGUAAAAAAGUUCAAAGGGAAAAUAUUCAGGCUGGAAAGGCAAUCGCCGACGUGAUAAGAACAUGUCUCGGUCCACAAGCAAUGUUAAAAAUGUUAAUGGACCCAAUGGGUGGAAUUGUGAUGACAAACGAUGGAAAUGCAAUUCUCCGUGAGAUAACCGUUCAGCAUCCGGCGGCAAAAUCAAUGAUUGAAAUUGCCCGCACUCAGGACGAGGAAGUUGGCGAUGGCACAACAUCGGUUAUUGUUCUUGCCGGUGAAAUUCUCGCGACUGCCGAGCCAUUUCUCAGUCAAGGAAUGCAUCCAACUGUUAUUAUUCGUGCCUAUCGUCAAGCACUCGAGGACAUGGUUGCAGUAUUAAACGAUCAAAUAAGUCUCGAACUCGAUCGCACUGAUCGCAAGAAACUCGCUGAAGUUGUGAAAUCGUGCGUUGGUACAAAAUUCAUUGGCAAAUGGUCGGAUCUCGCUUGUGAAAUUGCACUCGACGCUGUGCACACUGUAAUGUUGGACGAGCAUGGACGUAGGGAAAUUGACAUCAAACGUUAUGCGAAGGUGGAAAAAAUUCCCGGUGGCAGUAUUGAGGAUAGUAGUGUCCUGAAGGGUGUUAUGGUCAAUAAGGACGUGACUCAUCCCAAGAUGCGUCGUUUCAUCAAAAAUCCUCGAAUUGUCCUUUUGGAUUGUCCCCUUGAGUACAAGAAGGGCGAAUCACAGACGAAUAUUGAGAUAAUGAAGGAGACGGAUUUUACGAAAAUUUUGGAAAUGGAGGAGGAGAAUGUGAGGAAAUUGUGCGAGGAUAUUAUUGCACUGAAGCCGGAUGUUAUUUUUACUGAGAAGGGAGUUUCAGAUUUGGCGCAACAUUACUUGGUGAAGGCGAAUAUAUCGGCUGUUCGACGAUUGAGAAAAACUGAUAUCAACAGAAUUGCACGAGCUUGUGGCGCGACUGUCGUUAAUCGCACCGAUGAAUUGCGAGAAGAGGAUGUUGGAACUGGAGCCGGUUUAUUCGAGAUCAAGAAAAUUGGCGACGAAUAUUUCUGUUUCAUCACCGAAUGCAAGGAUCCAAAGGCCUGCACGAUUAUGUUGCGCGGCGCCAGUAAGGAUAUCCUCAACGAAACCGAGAGGAAUCUACAAGACGCACUACACGUUGCUAAAAAUCUUUUGAUGGAACCGAAACUCGUGCCAGGUGGUGGAGCAGUCGAAAUGGCAGUGUCACGACUAAUAACCGAGAAGGCGGCCACACUCGCAGGCGUUGAACAAUGGCCCUACAAAGCCGUUGCACAGGCAUUGGAAAUAAUACCACGAACAUUGGCGCAAAAUUGCGGUGCAAAUACAAUUCGUACAUUAACGGCACUGCGGGCAAAGCAUGCGGCCGGCGAAACAACAUGGGGAAUUGAUGGCGAAACUGGUCAAUUGGUUGACAUGAAGGAACGAGGAAUUUGGGAGCCACUUGCAGUUAAAUUGCAAACGUAUAAAACUGCAAUUGAGACGGCAAUUUUAUUAUUGAGAAUUGACGAUAUUGUGUCAGGUAGCAAAAAGAAGGGCUCUGACAAUGCUCCAGCUCAAAAUGCACAAGUGACCGAAGCAUCAAUGCAAGAAUAAAUUCCACUUUACAAUUAAAUUUCACCAAUUAUCCAAUUUUUACUCAUCACACACUUUUUGCUUAAGUUUUAUUUUAUUAAUAUUAAUAAUACACUGGCAUUUUCAAUCAGCGGCAUUUUUACGAUAUUAAAUUUAUAACUAUUCAUAA